UCACCAGCGGGAGAUUAAUCGUCGCUAGUUGUUGUUCAAAUCUCGGCCGUAUCGGUUCGCACAUUCGCACGACAAGCAGCUACAAUAUGGCAGCGAGAGUGUUAAUCGCAUUUGCCAUCCUGACCUUCGCUGGGCAGCUCACCGUGGCCCAAAAGGAGCUGACCGAACUGCCGGAAGUGAAGGGCUACAAGUUGCACUGCAUCGAAUCCAGUGGCAUUACGGAGUCGUCGGCGAAGAAGCUGUCCGCUGGCGAAUCCAUCAAAGAUCCGGACCAAGCAACGAAGUGCUUUGUGCAAUGUUUCUUCCAAAAGCUGCGCCUGAUGGAUGAGACGGGUGUCGUGCUGAAGGACAAGCUGGAGGUGUUUCUCACCAAGCUGAUGGACGCGGACAAGGCGAAGGAUUACGUGAGUCAGUGCGAUCUGCGACGUACGAAUCCGUGCGAUACGGCAUACGCCGUGUACGAUUGCUACCUCGGCAAGAAGGCGAAGUUGUUUUAAAAAAAUCGAAAACAUUCCCCUCCCGAUGGGUAAUAAACAAAUUGUUGUUUGUGGUGUUUUGUUUUGUACCGCAAAAACAAACCAAAAAAAACCUGUUUCGCUUGUUG